AUUGCUGGAAUAUUGCUAAAAGCGGCGUAAAACUAAACUCACUCAUUUGUCAUGGUUGGUACAUUACUUCCUAGGUAUACGUAUCUGAUAACCUUGACAACAAGCAGACUUAGACGCAGGUUUAUCAAUAAGGCCCAAAGCCUGAUGUAUUACGUCACACACCUGUAAACACCUGUGUGUUGGCGGAUGUUGGCAGUGUGCCAGUUUACCUGUCCAGUCCUUGUAUAUUUGCCCCUUGGGCGCCGUGUGGAUAUAUGCGACUGAAGGAAGUGAGAUUGAGAAAGUUUAUUGUGUUCAUUUCUUCGUCCUGAAGGACUUCAGGAGUGCAGGGAUCAGUGAAGUAUCGUCGUGAAGCGCACAUUUCGAGCCGGACGCCAUAUUCAAAGUACCUUUUUGCAUAGUCAGCAAACCGCAAUUGACUUCCGCCUUUAGAUAUUUCUUUUAAAAGAUACACCAUCCCAACGACAAGGAACAUGUCUGUGGAUGAAGUUCAACAAACUAUUCCAGCCAGAGUGAAGCACUGGGCGCAGAUCUACCCUGACAAAGAGGUGUUUGUCUUCUACAACGAUGAAGGAAGGCGUGCUCUCACUUGUAAAGAUGUACACAUCCUCUCCACUAAAUUUGCUGCACUUCUACAGCGUCGGGGCUUGAAACGUGGAGAUGUGGUCUGUAAUACACUCACCAACUCUCCUGAACGUCUUAUCACCGAUUUUGGCAUCAUGACGGCUGGUUGUGUUGCUGCCAAUGCCCAGGCACUGUUGGCAGAUGGUACGGAUCUGUUGCAUGUGAUCAACCUGGGUUCCUGCCGUCUGUUGAUUGGGGACAACACAUUACCUGGGGGUGCUUGGGAUCUUCUCAAACCUCAUUUUGGAGAAAUUCUGGACUCCAAAGUAAAAUCAAGCAAUGCUCCUAACCUAGAAAUUGUGGAGUUUGUUGGUGUGAAGGGAGGAAGUAAUUACCUGGAGAUGUUACGUCAGGAAGGAGAUCAAGUCCCAGUGGAGGUACUACCAACAGACACAGCUUUGUAUUGGGCAACUUCAGGCAGCACUGGCUUUUCAAAACUUGUACCAAAGACGCAUGAGGUGAUGAUUCAGCUUGCUAGCCGUUUUAUAAGGAUACAUCGAAUGCGAAAUCAAAAUGAAGUAUUGUUCAGUGACCGACCUUUGGGUUGGGGAGGAGGAUGGCCUUAUGGAUAUAUUGAGAUGGCAAUACCACAGAUAUUAACAGACACAAGAGGCUCUGUUCGUGAUCAGUUACACCACACUUGGGAUAUACUACAAAACACAAAUGCACAGUCGCUUUACUUACUAGCGUUCAUGAGGAAACUUGCAGAAACAUUGCCGAAUCUUGGAACAACAUGUGAUGUACAAGAAAGAUUGAUGUGUAUUGCUACGGGGCAACCUUUCGCCAAACACUACUUUCAAUUUGUUGGUAAGAUCUGUCAGUCGGUGGUGUCAGCAUACGGACUCACAGAAGUUGGGUAUGUAUCAAACAGCAUUUGUGAGAAGGAGGAAGACUUCGAGGACAAUCUGGUGGGAUUGUGUACUGACGUGGAGGUUAAGGUAGUAGAUGAACACUACCAGGAUGUUGGAGCAGGUAACGAUGGGCAAAUAUUGAUACGUGGACAUCUUGUGUGCAAAGAAUAUGUCAACAAUCCUGAAACUACAAAAGCUGCCUUUACAGAUGACGGAUGGUUGAAAACAAAUGAUAUUGGACAUUUUGAUGAGCAAGGGCGUCUCUUUGUCGAGGGAAGACAAUCAGAUGCCAUUAUGCAUGGAGAGUACAUCAUAUACCCAUCCUGGGUUGAGAAGAAGUUGAGAACAUGUCCUUAUGUUUCUGAAGUCAUGGUGGUCCCCGUUCCUCACAGGGACUUGUAUCAUGAGGUCUGUGCCUGUAUCAUUCCCAAACCAAACAUGGAUGUCACCACCAAGAUGAUCAAAGAUUACUGCGAUCCAAUGUUUAUUUCUGAUUCUCUACAUGAAAUGUCUGCUAAACCAGCCUACUAUGUUCUGGUGGAGAAUUUCCCUCUUAGACCCACAGGGAAACCAGACAGGCGGGCAUUAUCAGAAAUAGCUGCAAAAUGA